AUGUCAUCAUCAACAUUAACAGCAGAUAAUAAAAAAGUUUUAGAUCAAUUUGUUGAAUUUUCUUGGAAAGGUUUAAGAUCACCAGUUUAUAGAACACCAAAAGAAAUUGAAGGUUGGUAUAUUCCUGCAAAAGAUAAAAAUUCCAAUAAAUUAAUAAUCUGUAAUCAUUUUAUGCCAGGAAAUAGAUAUGGAUUUGCUGGACAUUUACCAGGUUUGGAUUCAUUUGGAGGAUUUGAAGUUAGUUUUUUACCUCAAUAUAAAGCAUUAGUUGAUGCUGGCUAUAAUGUUUUAUGUUAUGAUUUAAGAAAUCAUGGAUUAAGUGAUUCAGCAAAUGGUAAUACAAUUGGAUUUGGAACAUUAGAAUGGAGAGAUGUAAUUGGGUCAAUUAAUUAUGCUAAUUCAAGAUCAGAUACUAAAAAUAUGAUUAAAAGUUUAUUAAGUAUUUGUUUAGGUUGUAAUUCAACAUUUUUUGCAAUGUAUCAUAAACCAGAAGCUUUUAAGGAUAUAAAAUGUUUAGUUGGUGUUCAACCUAUAAGUUUUGGUAAUUAUAUUAAAAAAAAUGCAGAAACAAUGGGUAUGAAUGUUGAUGAAGCUAUUAUAUAUUUUAAUGAAAAUUUAAAAUCUAAAAAUGGUUUAACAUUGGAUAAUUUUGAAACUUGGGAAUAUGCUAAAUUUGAUAAAUUACCAACUAAAAUUUUACAAGUUAAAGCUGAUACUUGGACUUAUCCUGAAGAUGUUGAAAAAAUAUUUGAUGAAAUUGAUAGUAAGGAAAAAGAAUUAUAUUGGAUUACUGGUACUGAUAGAAGAUUUGAUGGUUAUAACUUUUUAGGUAAAAAUCCAGAAGUUGCAAUCGAAUGGUUUGAUAAAUUUAUGAAAUAA